AUGUCCGCGUCACCAGAAUCCGCCACUCCGCCUACUCCGCCGCCAAAGGCCUCUCCUGUCUCCCCUCCCAGAGCUCCGCGCAAGGACGAGCCACCGGUCGGUUUCCACUAUCUGGUGAACGACGAAAUUCCUUCGACGCCAACCUGGAAGACGUCUUUCGGCCCGAGUGAAAAGGUUGAAGAAGACAGGGCAUGGGUCAGCAGCAUUGCGUCGGUUGCAAAGAGCGAAGAGCAGAGACGGCCCAUGUGGGCCAACAACAAGAAGAAGGACCGGCGCAUUUCACUGCAACUGCCAACUAUCCAACAUGUUCCUGAGGAAAAGGAUGCUGACGACUUGCUACCAAUUGCCAGUCCCUUGAGCGCUCGACCGUCCCCCGACAAGCUGUACUUCUCCGGCAAAGCAAAGUCACUGGAAGGCAUCGCGCUCCGGGCAUUUUGUUUGGGUAUUGCACUUGCCCUCUCGGUAGUGGCUAUUGCUGCCAUUCUUCUAUUCUCGUCCUCACCUCUCUGGCGCGUGCCCUUCUUCUUUGCCGCCCUCUCAACAUUCCACUUUCUCGAAUUCUGGACGACGGCAAAGUAUAAUACACAAGAAGCCAAAGUUGAUUCGUUCCUCUUGACGGCGAACUGGCCCAUGUACUUUAUUGCACACUCGGCGGCUACGAUUGAAUGCUUGUUCACCAAGCUGAUAUGGCCGAAUCGCUCGUGGGCUCCGUUGUACACUGGCCACAUUCUGCUCCUGAUUGGACUUAUACUCGUUCUUAUAGGCCAGUUCGUUCGGGCCACUGCCAUGAUGCAGCUCGGAACAAACUUCAACCACAUUGUUCAAGACAGAAAGAAGACGGGGCACGAGCUGGUGACCUCGGGCAUUUACGGAGUCAUGAGACACCCAUCUUAUUUCGGCUUCUUCUAUUGGGGCAUAGGGACACAAAUAGUCCUUGGAAACCCGAUAUGCUUUGUCGCGUACCUCGCCGUACUGUGGCGGUUCUUCUCGACGAGAAUAAGAGCCGAAGAGGCACACAUGGCACGCUUCUUUGGCGAGGAUUUCACCGAAUAUCAAAAGCGUGUACCAACCAUGAUUCCCUUGAUUCGUUGA